AUGUGUGCGUGUUUUUCUUGUUGUAUAUAUCAAAUUUUUGAUUUAGGUACAAUAUUCUCCGUAUUCGACAGCGCAUUAUUGGCUGUAUUUGUUGUACGCUACAUAGUCAUCAUCUUCAUUGCCAUCCUCUCCGUCAUACACUUCUUAUCUCGCUCUCUUCCUCAAAGCAAAACCCAGCCUCUUUUGUCAAGUUUAGACCGUAAUCCAAACUAUGGAUAUGGAUCCACGUCAAGCUCACACUUAGAAGGACACCCCAUAGAACCUGAUAAGAUUAGUAGUGUCUCGAAUUUCUUUAGCAAACUGAAAAAAGUCUUGCCAUUUAUCUGGCCGCAGAAUAAUCUGAAGUUGCAGUUGACCGUAUUGCUGUGCUUUGCAUUAAUGGUCAUUGGCUUGGUCAUAAAUGUCUUUACACCUCUUCAGAUUGGUAAAUUAGUGGAUGGAAUGAAGGACAAUCCAGGGAAAUUUGCAUGGGCAACCGUUCUGUCCUUUAUUGCAUUAAAGUUCUUGCAAGGAGGGUCUGGCCUUAUCCAAGUAAUUCAGAACUGGCUGUGGAUCCCUAUUGCACAACACACGACCCGCAAUAUAUCUGUCAAAAUGUUUAGUCAUCUCCACAGCCUAUCCAUUCAAUUUCAUAUCGACCGCAAGACAGGCGAAGUACUUCGAGUAAUGGAUCGUGGAACAAGCAGCAUUGUCCAGUUACUGAACCAGAUAGUUUUUCAAGUCUUCCCUGCCUUGGCAAACAUUCUCAUUGCCGUUUUUGUGUUCUAUUCUCGAUUCUCACCUCCUUUUGGUCUGAUCGUACUAGCCACCAUGGUUCUCUACCUCUAUGCUACCAUAAAAUUAACCGAAUGGCGCAACAACUUUAGGCGCCAGAUGAACAUGAUUGAUAACGAUGCCCGCGCCAAGGCCGUUGACUCCUUGUUAAAUUUCGAGACUGUGAAAUACUACGGAAACGAAGAGUACGAAAUUGAGAGAUACAAGAAUGCAAUUGUGGAGUACCAAAAGGCAGAUUGGAAGUGCUCCAUCUCACUCAAUAUUCUCAAUCUCACUCAGAAUACAAUAAUUACCACAGGCCUUUUGGCAGGUAGCUUGCUUUUUGCAUGGGAAGUUUCCCGUGGACAGCUGACAGCAGGAGACUUUGUUGCCUUUAAUAUAUACAUGAUGCAGCUAUACACCCCGCUACACUUUUUUGGAAUGUAUUAUAGAAUGAUUCAACAGAGCUUUAUCGAUAUGGAAAAGAUGCUUGAGCUCUUUGAAGAAAAGAAUACGAUUCAAGAUGUACCUGAUGCAAAAGAGCUUGUUAUAAAGCAAGGCGAUGUUAUUUUUGAUAACGUCUCUUUCUCAUACAAUUCUAGCCAAGCUAACUUGAAAAAUAUAUCUUUUUCGAUUCCAAAGGGUACAACAGCUGCCUUGGUAGGACCAUCUGGAGGAGGAAAAUCAACACUUCUUCGACUCUUGUUCAGAUUUUACGAUCCAACAUCUGGACGUAUUCUAAUCGACGGACAAGACAUUUCAAAAGUAAAACAAAACUCACUGCGAGAUAAAAUCGGCGUUGUUCCUCAAGACACCGUCCUAUUCAACGACACGAUCCUGUACAACAUUCGUUAUGGAGAUGUGGAAGCAACGGAAGAACAGGUGAUCAAUGCGGCUAAAGCUGCUCAAAUUCACGACAGAAUUAUGUCUUUCCCUGAUGGAUACAACACAAAGGUUGGAGAACGGGGUCUUCGGCUGAGUGGGGGUGAAAAGCAAAGGGUAGCCAUUGCACGUACUAUUCUCAAGAAUACAUCUGUAAUCCUUUUGGAUGAGGCUACAAGCGCAUUGGACAAUACUACAGAACGGCAGAUCCAAAUUGCAUUGGAUAAAAUGACAGAAGAUCGUACUACACUUGUGAUUGCUCAUCGUUUAUCGACAAUUGUAAACGCAAAUCUAAUUCUAGUCAUAAAAGAUGGUCAGAUUGUGGAGUCAGGAAGUCAUGAAGAACUCAUCAAGCAGACAGCCUCAAAGAUCAAUAAAGGUGUCUAUUUUGAGAUGUGGCAAAAGCAGCAAAAUGAAGAAAAAGAGAGUCUGACUAAAGUUGAAGCUAAUGAAGCAAAUAAUUGAUUGACCAUGUAAUUCAUAAUAUUCUUUCCCCCAAAUACCCAACCCAUUUGCCAAAGAUCCACAAUCAUAUGUAUUGUAUGCGUAUUUGCGAAACCAAAAGAAAAAUACGCACGUACACACAUAAGCACUUAUAUUGGAUAGGUACGUGCGUUUAUUAUAGACCUUAUCUGAUAUAAUAAAAAGGUU